UUUUUUCUCAAAAAAAUAAAAAUACGCUGAAUUUUGCCAAAUAAUAACAAAUUAAAGUUGUUUCCGCAGCGGAUUAUUAAUUAAAAUAAACUUAUAUACAUAAAAUGGCAUCGCCUUUAGAACAAUUUGUUAACAAUGUACGAACGUCUUCUGCUGCAGGAAACUUUAGAGAAUUAUGUGAUGUUAUAGGAAAAUCAGAUGAAAUAUUGCAACGCAAUAGUGCACAUCUAAAUACAGUCCUAGAGACCCUGGAUAUCCAACAACAUUCUCUGGGUGUUUUAGCAGUUCUCGUCGCUAAGUAUUCAGUUACACAGACUGACGUCGAUAAGUCAUCUAUGGUGCAGCAAAUUCAAGAGUUUAUUAGUAACUGCAAUGGAGAGCAAGUACGCUUUGCGCCAGAUUUGUAUGCUGAGCUAUGUCACCGCCUUACAGAAUAUCUUGUUGAAGUUAAACAACCGAUUAGGGGUAUAGAAAUAUUGAAGAGAGCCAUCAGAAAAAUUCAGCUAUUUGAUUCCCAACUUACGUCUAUACAUGCAGAUUUGUGCCAAUUGUGUUUAUUAGCCAAGUGUAUUAAACCGGCUAUGGAGUUUCUAGAUACUGAUGUUACUGGAAUAAGUUCAGAGCUUGGCGGGAACAAUGACUCAAAACAUUUUCUUCUGUAUUAUUACUAUGGUGGCAUGAUUUACACGGCCAUGAAAAAUUAUGACCGAGCUCUCUAUUUCUUUGAAGUGGCAGUUACAGUGCCAGCCAUGGUUGUUUCACAUAUAAUGCUCGAAGCCUACAAGAAAUAUAUUUUAAUUUCACUAAUUCUACAUGGAAAGAUCCAUCCGAUGCCGAAAUAUACAUCACAAGUUGUAUGCCGCUUUUUGAAACCAUUAUCUUUUGCAUACCAUGAACUGGCUACAUCACAACAUGCAGCAAUCAAACAUAGAGAAACAUUUGUUAGAGACAAAAAUAUGGGCCUUGUUAACCAGGUUUUAAGUUCCAUGUACAAAAAAAACAUUCAAAGACUGACAAAAACAUUCUUGACUCUUUCCCUGAGUGACGUCGCUUCUCGCGUGCAGCUGUCUGGUCCUGCGCAAGCUGAAUCGUACAUACUUAAUAUGAUUGAAGAAGGCGAAAUAUAUGCCCUGAUAAAUCAGAAAGAUGGCAUGGUUGUUUUCCUCGAUAACCCCGAGAAGUAUUCAUCACCGGAAACUCUCAGUGUUCUUGAGCAGCAAAUGACGAGCUGCAUCAAACUACACCAAUACAUCCAGGAGAUGGAUGAACAAAUACAAGUCAACCCCCAAUAUGUCAAAAAAUCAUGUGGAACUCAUGACGAGGAUAUCGCAGCUGCAAGUCAAAAUUCAAAAACAACAUACACCAUGUAAAAAUUAUAUAUUUUAUAUAAAUAAAUAAUAAGAAACACAA